CACAUAGCAGGGAUGAUGAGAAAGUCACAAUCAAUGUUUUUUUUCCCAUCUGGCGAGAUUCACACUGCUGAAAUCUCGAGGGAAGUGCGGGUGGACAAACUUGUUGCUGAUGCUUGUCAGAUAUAUAUUGGGACAUUGUCCUACUCCUGUCAGGGCAGAUUUGGGUGAGAUAAUAAUACAUGCGAAGAGUAUCGGAUCGUACAACAUCGAGGAUGGUGACUCCAUCAAUUCUAAAGUUUAUGUGUCUCGGCAACGAAAGCCAGUCAUUUAUCUAUACUCGCUCUCCGAUAUCGAUGUUUCCUUUAAGCUCACCCUCGUUCCUGAAUGGAGCCUCUCUGUCGUCUAUCCCACCGUUACCACAGAAGACCAUGGACAGCGUUUAGAAUGGAAUGUCCACACCUAUCAAGAUGGAAAAUACAUUGCCCUCCGAUUUGUCCCUCAAGCGGCAUUCGAACGCGCCGCUUCUUUAAGCAUUUCUCCGCAGCCUGACGUCGUGACUCGCGUUUCAAAGGUAUCUGUAAGAAGCACCUAGCAAAUUGGGCUAAUGCACGAAUGCAAGCAGAGAAAGACGUUGCAUGGCGGGUGGGUGUAGUUGGAAUUGAUCCUGUAAGAGCUGGUGAUGUGACUUUGAUCAGGGUGUUGGAAUGGGGUGGAACGGAGGAUG